AUGACAAGUGACGCGGGACAUCCUUCUGAGAUAACCGGUGGCUGCCUAUGUGCGAGUAUCCAGUACACUGUCCAUUUCGACGGAGUACAUAAGUGGCCGCCAAAGUCGGGUUCCUGUCAAUGCACAAUGUGCCGCAAGUGGACUGCUAGUCUACUGCCUCAGUUCCUUUCCCUCUCACCAGAACAGAUCAGUCCAGCAAUCUCCACAUCUCCGACCUAUGCAGAAUACCGUUCGUCAGAGAACUGCCUGAGAGGAUUCUGCUCAAAGUGUGGAAGUUCGCUGUUGUGGAGGACCGAGGAACGUCCGGAGGAGAUUGAUUUGUUUCUAGGAACAAUAGACGAAAAAUGGCUGGUUGGCGAGAGAGUGGACAGUGGAGAAAGCACAGCCAAUUCUGUCGGGCCUACGAGAAAAGGCGGCGUUGGAAAGACGCUGGGUAGCCCAACGGACGGACAGUAUUAUUAUGAAAAUGUGAUUACCGGAGUGACGGAUAGUCUUCGUGGAGGGAAAAAGUAUCUUACGCACCCAUCACAAGGGGAUGGAUUUGACUGA